AAAAACAAAAACACCUGUCAACGACGUCGUUUCCACCGGUCGUCGCCCGUUUACUCUCGCAGUAUAUAGGAAACCCACCAACACCAGAGCGACUUUCUCCCCUCCGGUGGCUCAAAGCUCCAGCUUUCCUCAUCGUUCUUUGGGGUUCCUUCAGGCGUUUCUUCUGUGGAUCUGCCAGUUUGAAAGAUGAAUCAAUUCAUUUUUCAGCAGAACACCUUUUUUUCAUGUGAAGAGACAAGGGGGUAUGCCUCUAUCUCUGAUCUGAAGGACCCUGUUGUGUGUCCCAAGCCCCGGCGGCUUGCAAUUCUUGCUAACAAUCACAUUAAACACCCCUUGAAAUGGCACCAAGCUGAGGCUUGUGAUUCAAAAGCUGGGGCAGACCUUCUAGACAUCAUUUUAAACAAGGGGUCGGAACAAUCUAGCAUCAAUGUGGCGUCAUCACCUCCGUUUUAUUGCGGGUCUCCGCCGAGCAGAGCUUCCAAUCCAUUAAUCCAGGAUGCGCAGUUUAGAGAUGAGAAACUCAGUAGUCCUAUGCCAGUAUUGGCUGCAGCAGCAUAUUCCCCAUUGAGUCUCUCGUCGCCAUCAUCGGCGGGGUCGCACAAAGGGGGAGGAGGGUGUGCUGCGAGAAUGACGUUCGGUCUAAAACCGGCUGCAGUUAGAGUAGAAGGAUUUGAUUGCCUGAGUAGGGACCGGCAGAAUUCAAGGAUCCCUGCAGUUGCUUGAAAACCAACCUCCAUGAAUGGAAGUGUAAAUAGAGAAUGGAGAGUGGCAGCAGAGUUUUCAACCACAGGCAAGACAACACUACUUUUGUAACAAGCAGAGGAAGCAAUAUUUCACGAUAGGGAUGCAUGAGAAUUUGAGAUCAUCCACGUCUCAAGUGUAGUGUAAAUAUAACAAAAUGUUGUUCUGUUCUUGAUCAUCCAAAUUUGAUUUUUUUUUUUUUUUUUUUUUUUGGUUUCUUUAAGGUAGCUUUGUGGGACAAACAAGCCUUAUGUUGUAGAGAAAAGGUUUGGUUGGAUCUAUGAGUUAAUGUAUAGAGGUUUUUUUUUUUUUUUUUGGUUUCUUUAAGGUAGCUUUGUGGGACAAACAAGCCUUAUGUUGUAGAGAAAAGGUUUGGUUGGAUCUAUGAGUUAAUGUAUAGAGGUUUUUUUUUUUUUUUUUGGUUUCUUUAAGGUAGCUUUGUGGGACAAACAAGCCUUAUGUUGUAGAGAAAAGGUUUGGUUGGAUCUAUGAGUUAAUGUAUAGAGGUUUUUUUUUUUUUUUUUGGUUUCUUUAAGGUAGCUUUGUGGGACAAACAAGCCUUAUGUUGUAGAGAAAAGGUUUGGUUGGAUCUAUGAGUUAAUGUAUAGAGGUUUUUUU